UUUUACUUGAAAUGUGCCUUGUAUUAUAAUAAUGUUCUCAUAUUUCGACAUUAUCUCUUAAUUUGUAUUAUUGUUAUACAGUAGCUAACGGCGUUAUGCGUUAGCUAGCUAAUGUUAGCUAGCAGGCUAGAGGACUGCAUGAACGUUAUCAAGUACUCUAGUGCUUUUCAUUCAUUUGAUUGAUAGCUGCUGGCUUUGCAUCGUCCAACUCACUCACUAUUUUCUGGAGAGAUGGAACCCCAGAAUUUGUCCUGCGCCAUCUGCUUGGAUCGCUUCCGGAUUCCAGCCACAAUCCCAUGUGGUCACACUUUCUGUCAAGACUGCAUCACAGAGCACUGGGACACCAAGUCCAAGGCGGACAUUGGGCCACAUUGUCCCAUCUGCAAUGAGGAAUUCCCUACCAGACCCAUCUUAAAACGCAACGUGUCUCUGUCCGUUCUGUCUGAGGCCACAGCAAACAGUGCUGGUGCGUCUGGUAGAGACACUGUGCCGCUUAUGAAGGGGGACGUUGCCAGAAGCAUGCCUCUGGUUUUGUGUGACCGACACAAGAAGCCCCUGGUGUACUACUGCCAGAAGGACAACAUGUGUGUGUGUUAUGAAUGUGCUAUCUCAGAGUGCAAUAACCAUGAAAAGGUGCUGGUGGAGACUGAGAAGGAGAACCGAGAGUUACUUCUGAGAAGAAAGAGUGUGGAGGUGGGAAGAUGUAUGGAGGAAACUGAGAGGAGCAUCGCUGAGCUGACAGAGAAUAUUGCAAAAGCCCAGGUGACUUGGCAGCAGACCUCCCACUGGGUGAAUGCAAAGUUCUCCAUGCUGUUGAAGGUGCUAGCAGAGAAACAGGAGUCUACAGAGAACUUCAUUGAGCAGGAAAAGCAUGCUUCCCUAGCCCAGGCAAAUGCUAGGCUAGAGGAACUACGUGAGAGGGCCAAGCAACUCAGGGAGCGUCAGGUCCAAAUAGCAGCCACCCGCAUCCUGCCCGACACCCAACUAAUACAGGAGUCUCGUCUGGUGGAGGUCCCUCGUAUGAAGGACAUUCCAGUGGAUGUGAGCCCUAACCUGCAGGAGAGGCUCAGCGGGGUAACAGACGUCCUGUCACGGAUCUCCAAGCUGGUGUCUGAGGACCUGGUGAAGGCUGUGUCCACAGCUGUGGGGCAGGACAAGCAAGGUUCUCCCCAGGAUAAGCGCCCGGUCCUGGCUGUGGUCCCCAGUCCUGCUGCUCCAUGUCACCCAGCUGGGAAGAAAGGACUCAGCGAAUACCGAUGUACCCUGACCUUUGACCCUCGCACAGCCAACGCUCACCUGCUCCUCUCCCAGGAGAACCGACGGGCGGAACACCUGACCUCUGGGCCACGCCCUGUCACUGCCCACCACGCCCGAUUUGACCACACCUGGCAGGUGCUCUGCUUCCAGGGCUUCAGGCACGGACAGCACUACUGGGAGGUGGAGGUGUCCAAGCCAUGGGCCUACCUGGGGGUGACCUAUGAGGGCAUCCCAAGGAAGGAAAAGGGAAAGAGGUGCAUGGUGGGAAUGAACGAUCUGUCCUGGAGCCUCCAGCUGGAUGAGCGGCAGCUGAGCGCCUGGCACAACGGGCGUCGAGAAAUGGUGGCCGGCCACUCCAACCACUCCCGCAUUGGAAUGCUGCUUGACUACGAGGCGGGAACACUGACCUACUACGGACACGGCCAGGCACGCCUGCACGCCUUUCACUGUGCCUUCACCCAGGAGCUGUUCCCCGCCUGCUGGAUAGGGGAGGGCGUCAGCAUCACACUCUGCUCUACAUGACAAUGCAAAAAGGGAAAAGGCGUGACCUAAGAAACAUCAUCGUGGUCUAGCCUUGAGACACUGAUAAUGGGCUGCUAUCUUCCUUAGCCAAUAUGGGUGGGCCGUACUAGAACUUGAGAACUGCAAGCAUACGUUUCAGGUAUGAUUGGAGUUUAUUAAUGGGAGAUUUGCCACUAAGCUUAAGCUGCACAGGCAGAUCUCAAGUUAGGAUUCAACCCUAUGAGGGAGAAACUUCCCAAAAGGCCUAAGAGUGCUGGACACUUAUUCCUGAAUGGGUGGGAGCAUUAUGGUCUUCUGUUAUGCUCAGUGAAAUUGACUCCAUAGUCCCUUCAACUAUCCAGACUUUUAGAUCUGUUAGUUUGGUUAGAUACUAGGAUGCCUGUAGGAAAGUAGGCGACUUCAGAAUUUCUUCCCCCAACUUAUCUACUAAACUCAUUUUACCAUAGUGAGAUAAUAUAGCAGUUAACAUUUAACAAAAUCCUUAAACCUAUGAAAUCUAGUUAAGUAGUUUCAAUAAACAGUAUGCAUUUUAAAAGGGAACACUCCCAAUACAAACCACUCCUGUUUUUCCUAACAUGUUAAGUUGAUAAGUGUUACAAGAUGUAUUUUUCCCUGCUGUUGUAGGACACUGAUUUCUAAGCACGACUGGGACACAGGAAUUUCCUGGAAUGUUCUGUGAACAUAUGAUCAGACACCAUACAGCAGACUAGUCUUUGGGAGACUGUAGAUUUGCACAAGUUCUCUAAACCAGCACAGUUAGGAACUGAAAUGGGUACUGUAAAGGAAACCAAUUUUCUGUGAGAGAUGGGGAAAAGCAUAGAGACUGAUGACAUUUCACAAAUGUUCCUGUUAACAGUGUACUGGAGUUGAUGUUUAAUGUUUAGCACUACUUUGUGUUGGAGAUUGGUACUGGACAUGCUAUCACUGUAGAGUUGGUGCCAGGCUGUUUUCAAUUUAGCCAACCGGUAGUUUUGUUACAAAAAGUAAAUGGUAUUGAGAUUAAUAUGAAUACAGAAUAACUCAUACCCAGGCUGCCAUCAAAAUGUGUACAGAAAAUGUCAGAAAUGAAUUAACUGGACACACUUCAUUUCACACAAGUUAAGUUUAAUAAAACCCAAUCCAAUGCAUAUUACUUACAAUUAAGACCAUGCUUUGCUUUUGUUUUGCCAAUAAUAUCUAUUUGACCAAUUCAAAUAAAAUACUGAAUAAAUUAGUGGGAGUUUCAAAUAAAUGUAUAGCCAUAUUUUACUUGCUUACUAUACACACACAGCCAUGAAAGGAGCAAAGGGGAGCCCGAUGCAUAGCAUUCUGAAAGUGCAAAGAAUCAGCCAACUGCCUUGUGCCACAGAGAGAUGGAGAGAAAGGCCCAAAUAUUAAGGUGCUCAGAUCAGGUUCAGAGAUUGACAUCAAACAUGUCAGUAAAGUACACAUCACAAGAAAAUUAGAAAGCCAUAUACAAGAGACGUGACUAGUGAUCUAGUCAGUUGUGAGUCUGGAAAACUGCAAGGUGAUGGGUUGGUUCUGGUUCUCGAACGGUCAGUACAGUGACAGACAGGGAAUGACAUCAUAGACCAACAGCUCCAUUGACUGAAAUAGUAUGAAUCAUAAUCCCCAUGAAACCUGCCAUCAAAACCUCAAGAGUUUCUGUGUUACUCCACCAUUCAUUUCUUCUAUAGGGGAUUUUUAGCUCUACUUCAAAAAGGUCGGUGUUUCAUGUAGGCGUAUAUUAUACAGCUCCGGAAAAGAUUAAGAGACCACUGCACCCUUUCCUCUCCAAAAAAGUUGAAAAGGAAAGUUUUGAGUGAGGAAAUGUGAAGAGACGCUUUCAGAUUUUGCCUCUAGGAUUUCUGGGAAUUAUGACGCAUCAACUAUUCCUCUCGAUUCACACAAA